UGACUUAAAAUGCAUUGAUUGAGUAUUGAAACUCCCUGUUCCAAUUGUCAAAUACUGGGUAUUUGUCAGUUACCUGUCGUUUUCUUGUUAUUGUUAUUUGAAAAUGUGUUGAGUCAACAAUGAACGAAUCAAAGCAAAUCCCGCCUGGCACACCAGAGAUUAGCUACACCGUCUUCAACGAUGAAAGCCAACUGAAGGCCAUCCAGGGCCUCAUCGAGAAGGAGCUCUCCGAGCCGUACUCCAUCUACACCUAUCGCUACUUUGUCUACAAUUGGCCGCAACUCUGUAUUUUGGCACAACACGAGGAACGUUAUGUGGGCGUGAUUGUUUGCAAAAUAGACCACUUGAGUAAUCCGGAAUUGUGGCAAGGAUACAUCGCAAUGCUGGCCGUGGAUCCUGAGUACCGGAGACAGGGCAUUGGCAGCACACUAGUGGAGAAGGCCAUCGAGAUGAUGAAAGCGGAGCAAGCUGAUGAAAUUGCGCUGGAGACAGAACAAAGCAAUAAGGCAGCCUUGCGACUGUAUGAUAGUCUAGGAUUUAUUCGGGAGCAGCGACUACUGCGGUAUUAUAUAAAUGGUGUGGAUGCACUGCGUCUGAAUCUGACGGUAUCUCGGCGCUCAAGCGAUGCGUCGUUAUCCUAAAACUGUUUCUGUUUUCAAUGUUGCAAUGAAGUCUCUUCGAAAAAAAUGCGUCUUUCUCUGUAUUCUGUGUCAAUUAGCGCCCCAUGGAGCGGCUAC